AUGGUUCGUUCGCUGAUAAAAGUUUCGUUCGAUGUUAAGAACACGUGCCUUUAUCCACAGGUGUGGUUCCAGAAUCGACGUGCAAAGUGGCGCAAACGGGAGAAGGCGUUGGGAAGGGAGCACGCCCCUUUCUUGCACCAUGAACAUGGUGGGGAGUGGGGAGGGGAAUGGGGGGCGGGGGAGUGGUGGGCGCUGGGUCUUGGGGCUCUGCCAGCCCCGCUUUGGCGCGAUGCACCACCGGCUGCCGCCUUUCGAGCGUUGCUUCACAGGUACGUGUUGGCGCUGCCACCCGCGCCGCCAUCGCCCCGUCCGCACUCUCCAUCCCCUCCACGCCAUUCCCCUCCCCGCGAGCCCGCUCCCGCUCCGCUGCCCGCCCCGCUUCCGCAUCCGGCGCUCGCACACGCGUCCCACCCUUCGCACCCGGCGCUUGCGCACCCCGAAGCUCUACGCCUCCGCGCUCACGAGGCGUUGCUACACGAGCGCUACAGCGGCCGCGUGCACACG